AUGGUACUACGAGGCUCUGAGCUCGAUGGGGCUAUCCAAUGGUACCUGAAGCAUCGCCUCGAGACGCAAAAGAACGGAGCUCCCCGCACCACCGUGAGCGACGAGGACAUCUCCGCCUUGCGGGUCAUCAGGGACGCCGCAGAUUCGGGUGACCGAGAGGCUCAGUUAAUAUUCGGUCAGAUGCACUCCAGCAGGGACGUGCCAGGGUGGACACUGCCGAAUAUCGAGAUAAAUGACGUCAUCGCCGUGAAGUAUUUCCGCAUGUCCGCCGAGCAGAACGUGGCGGCGGCGCAACACGAGCUCGCGAACAUGUACUUUCACGGCAAUGGACUCGAGAGGAAUGUUUUGCUGUGUGAGCAGUGGAACGACAGGGCGAUCGAGAACCAGUACUUGUUCAUGACACAACCCCCCGACAUCAAGCCCAACAUUCUGCAGUUGGAGAGCAUGCAGAUGCACUUGCUCGCCGAAAGGCUCAGACGGGUCGCGCGGAACGGUCCGCUCCUCGUUGACGACAUACAUGUCACUUUCCGGCAACUCCCGACUGACGUCGCUUUAACGCCGCCGACACCGACGGCUAACAUCCUCUGCGUGGCAUGUAGAGCGUCCAUUCCGAUCGACACCCGCAAGAAGUUCUGCUCGGGUUGCAACAUCGCAGCGUACUGCUGCAGGGCAUGCCAGAAGGCGGACUGGAAGCGUCACAAGAAGGUGUGCGGGAAGGAACCCAAUAGGACUCACCCCCUCAGGAAAGCGAGCAAGAAUCAGCAUAAAGCAGAUAUCUCCGUGGCGCACGACUAUCUUCAUUCGGUGCCCGGCCUGAUAAACUUCGCCACGCUGCUGUACUACAUCCACUGGAACGACUCCCCCAUUAUCAUCGUCUCCACUGCCGCGGGUACCGACGGGAUGAAACCGACCUUGACCGUGCGCCCGAAGCGUAAAUGGGAGCUAUAUGUGAACAAGGAUGGAAGCUCCCACCUGUGGAAUAUGUACAAAGAUGGCCCCAGGAUCGAGGAGUUCAAGAUCCAGUACAACCUCCAGCACCUCGGUCCGGAGCAGGCCAAACGUCUCGAAUCCUGUUUGCGUCACGUGGAAAUGACACCGGACAGGCAGAGAAAGCACGGAGCAUUGGACGAUCCGAAUCAGAUCAUCAUGGAGGAUCGAGCGGCGAGGUUUGCCGCAGAUGCCCAGGAGCGCUUGCUCGCCCACCACGUCCGCGCCUACACCACUCUCCCCACGUCCGUGAAUGAGAUGAACGAGUUCCACGCGUCCCACAUGCGAAGGAUCGGCAAGGAUCCCGAGUUUAAUUUGUGUGUGGAGCGCGCGUUUAAUGCGAUGGAGCGCCUUGACAGGCUUCAGGAGUACCUCUUCGCCGCGGCCGCCGCGGCCGCCUCGACCGCCUGA